GGGAACGGACGCGGCGCGGGGCAUCCCGGGCCGCAAGACAACGCUGCAGUAAAACCCGGCCGGGCGCCGCGCCGCAGCCAAUGGGCGUUCGGCGACCGGCAGGGCUGGCCAAUAGGCGCCCGGGAGGCGGUGCCUUUGACCAAUGGGGGCGGCCGGCGCGCAGGGGGCGGGGCAGAGGUGCUGCGAGGCGCGCACGGACCAGAGCGCAGCGCUGUCCGCUCUGCAGCGCGCCGGUCCCGCAGCGCUGGUGCUCGGCAAUCAUGAGUGAUCGAAAGGCAGUGAUCAAAAAUGCGGACAUGUCAGAAGAGAUGCAGCAAGAUGCUGUGGAAUGUGCAACUCAAGCUUUAGAGAAGUACAACAUCGAGAAGGACAUCGCUGCUCACAUAAAGAAGGAAUUUGACAAGAAAUACAAUCCCACGUGGCACUGCAUCGUGGGAAGGAACUUUGGCAGCUACGUGACUCAUGAGACCAAGCACUUCAUCUACUUCUACCUCGGCCAAGUCGCUAUUCUUCUUUUCAAGUCUGGUUAGAACCAUGGACUGUUACUGAAACUUGCGUCCAGUUACAGGACUCUCUGACCAGUAACUGCAGCCUUCCUGAGGACACAGGCCUUGAUCUUCAAGGGCAAUGGCAGGGAUUAUGUUGUAACAGAUGACAUUACAUCGUGGAUAUAAAAAGGAAAAGUACCAAAAAAGUCUUCCUUGUAUUUAUUUUUUUCCAGAAGGCUCCUCCUUUGCUACUAGAGCUGUUGGAGCAGUUUUGCUUUUUGCAAGUUUUAUAGCCAUCUACUGUAUUUCCUGAUUACUGCUAGUGCUAUGCAAGUACUGACAGUGUGUUUAGCUCUUUAUGUUCCAGACUUCUCUUAUUAUUUUCAUUUUACUUUUAUAAAAUAAUUUCCCCCCUCUAUUUUUGCUGGAUGUGCUGUCCCAAAACCUGAGUUGUUUCUUUUUUCUGCUGUCUCUGGUGAAGUGUACUGGAGAAUAAAAGCCAAGUUCUACCCCA